AUGAGCGGCCUUGAGAUAGCUGGUGCCGUUCUUGCUACAUUUCCAUUAAUCAUAUCCGGUCUCGAGCACUGGAAAAAGGCUGCUAGAAUCGCCGGUUUCUUCAAACAUAUACGAGAGGAAUAUAACAAGUGUCGGCGUGAGGUUCAAUUCCAUCAGCUUGAAUAUGUGGGGCAUCUGAAACAAUUGUUGUUUCCUAUUGUGGGCGAUCUGGACGAAACCAAGCGUUUGAUUAACGAGACGGACUGCAACGAAUGGCGCGAUCCAAUAAUGCAAGGAAAGCUGAAAGAGCGUCUACAGGAUUCCUACGAACUGUAUAUGGAAACCAUAACCCGUAUGGAUCAAUCGGCCAAAGCUCUUCAAAAGGAACUUUGCUUCGAUGAUACAGCCGUGCAAAGCAAGAUCAACAAUGAGGCAACAAGACAAGCAUCUCCUAGUCGCUCCUCUGUCCUGUCACACAUCAGAUCAAAAAUUGAUUACCAAUUGUUCAAAGUCAAGUUCAGCCUAAGGGAACUCAAUCGACGGGAGCACUUUGACCAACUCAAGGAGUGUAACCACCACCUCGAAAGACUCCUCAACACGAGCGACAAGAUUUCUGCAUUACAGAAUACCCCAAAUCAAAGCAGCAAACGGGUAAAACACUUGGAAAAAGUGUUCCUGGCGGCGUGGAAGAUGUCUUACCACCUUUUCAAGGCUUUACAAAUGUCGUGGAAUUGCCCGUGUCAAAAACUUCACUUUGCCAAUCUGAAGCUCGAGCACCGC